AUGACUUGCCAAGCGUUUGCUUCAUCUGACACCUUUGUACCCUUGAAUUCUGACUCUUCGCCCUCUCUGCCUCUGAUAAUGCAUCACAGCGCUGCAGAGUGCCUGCCGGUUUCUAACCAUGCCACCAAUGUUGUGUCUACAGUCCUGUCUGUUUUGUCUUUGAUCCAAACUCCUAUAUGCUCCCGUAUCCACUUUGCCAUGACAACUUUGGGAAACACUUUGGCAGGCCUUCAUUACUCUGUGCCGUCCUGCCAUUAUGGAAAUCAACCGUCUACCUAUGGGGUGAUGGCAGGUAGCCUGACCCCUUGCCUUUAUAAAUUCCCGGAGCACGCCCUGAGCGCCAGCUCCUGUGCCCUGGGCCAUGGCUUCACGCCCAUGCACCAGUCCCUCCUCACAGACGAUCCCACCGCCUCAGACUUCAAGCAGGAGUUCCGCAGAAAAACCAAGUCUGUCGAAGAGCCCGUUGACAUGGACUCCCCUGAAAUCAGGGAACUGGAGAAAUUUGCUAACGAAUUUAAGCUGCGGAGAAUUAAGCUGGGUUAUACACAAACCAAUGUCGGAGAAGCGCUGGCUGCUGUGCAUGGCUCUGAAUUCAGCCAAACUACUAUUUGCCGGUUUGAAAACUUGCAGCUGAGUUUCAAGAACGCAUGCAAACUGAAAUCGAUACUGUCCAAGUGGCUGGAGGAAGCAGAACAAGUAGGAGCUUUAUACAAUGAAAAAGUUGGGGUGAAUGAGCGGAAGAGGAAGCGAAGAACCACUAUUAGUAUCGCUGCCAAAGAAGCCCUAGAGAGGCACUUCGGAGAACAAAGUAAGCCUUCUUCACAGGAAAUUAUGAGGAUGGCUGAGGGGCUCAAUCUUGAGAAAGAAGUUGUGAGAGUUUGGUUUUGCAACAGAAGACAAAGGGAAAAAAGAGUGAAGACAAGUUUACAUCAGAACGCCUUUAGUUCUAUUAUCAAGGAGCAUCACGAAUGCCGGUAA